GGCAGCGCGCACACAGAUACACACACAUACAGGCCAUACCCACACUUAUCUCCAUCUUUUAGAAGUUUGUCGUUGGUGAAAAUGAUCCAGUGCGUGCGGAUCGUGUUGUAUCUGUCGGUGCUGGUGGCGUACGUCGCCUCCAACGCUCCUGUGGCACCGUUAGACGACAUCUUAAUUGAGAAAACUUUCGUGCCAGAGCAGUGUGUGCGCGCAGUCAAAGAUGGGGAUUAUGUCAGGUAUCAUUACAACGGCAUGUUUCCGGACGGCAAGAAGUUCGACUCAAGUUAUGAUCGUGGCAGCACCUACAACGUGUUUGUUGGCAAGAAACAGCUGAUCCAAGGGAUGGAUAAAGCUCUGGUGGGAAUGUGUGUCAACGAGAGAAGACUGGUAAAAAUCCCACCACACCUCGCUUAUGGGAAACAGGGAUAUGGUAACAUCAUCCCCCCUGACUCCAUUCUCCAUUUUGACGUCCUGCUGCUUGAUGUAUGGAACCCCGAAGAUGGCGUCCAGAGCAACACCUACCAUACCCCUCUGAUCUGCUCCAGAAAGGUGGAGGUUUCUGACUACGUCCGCUACCACUACAACGGCACCCUGCUGGAUGGGACGCUCUUUGAUUCCAGCCACACCCGCAUGCGCACCUAUGACACUUACGUCGGGAUUGGCUGGCUGAUCGCAGGUAUGGAUCAGGGCCUUCUGGGAAUGUGCGUUGGAGAGAGACGCAUCAUCACUAUGCCACCAUCACUUGGAUACGGAGAGAACGGAGACGGUAGCGACAUCCCAGGUCAGGCGUCUUUGGUGUUUGAUGUUGUACUCCUGGACCUCCACAACCCUAGAGAUGGGGUCUCAGUGACCAAUCAGAAGGUGCCUGAGUCCUGCACUAGGAAGACUGUUGCUGGAGACUUUGUGCGUUACCACUAUAAUGGCAGCCUUCUCGAUGGGACGUUUUUUGAUUCCAGCUACUCUCGUAAUCGUACCUAUGACACCUAUGUGGGCCGAGGCUAUGUGAUCGCUGGCAUGGACGAGGGUCUGAUUGGAGUCUGCAUUGGAGAGAGACGCACCAUCACCAUCCCCCCACAUCUCGGCUAUGGAGAGGAGGGCACAGGCACUAAGAUCCCAGGUUCAGCUGUUCUGGUGUUUGACGUUGACAUCAUCGACUUCCACAACCCGGAAGAUAACACUGAGAUCACAGUCACUUACAUGCCAGAUGAGUGUAUUAAGCAAACAAAGAAGGGAGACUUUGUCAAAUAUCACUACAAUGCCUCUUUGAUGGACGACACAUCCAUUGACUCAACGUAUAAUUAUGGAAAGACGUACAACAUCGUCCUGGGAGCCAACCAGGUAGUCCCAGGGAUGGAGGAUGGACUGAUGGACAUGUGUGUGGGAGAAAAGAGACACAUUGUUAUACCUCCUCACCUGGGCUAUGGAGAGAGAGGAGUCACUGACGAAGUUCCAGGGAGUGCUGUGCUUAUUUUCGACAUUGAGCUGGUGGAAAUAGAGGAAGGACUUCCUGAGGGCUACAUGUUCAUCUGGAACGAUGAUGUGUCACCUGACCUCUUCACUGAGAUGGACGCUGACGACAACAAGCAGGUGGAGCCCUCUGAGUUCACUGACUACAUCAUACGGCAGGUGAACGAGGGUAAAGGUCGCCUGGCUCCUGGCUUCGAUCCCUAUCGCAUCAUUGACAACAUGUUCUCCAACCAGGACCGUGAUGGAGAUGGGAAGAUUACAGAGAGCGAGUUUAAACUUAAAGCAGAUGAAUCAGCCUCCCAUGACGAGCUAUGACGGGACUAAAAAUAAAACUCAGAUCAGGGUGUAGGGUGAAGGGUCAGACAGUCAGCGAAAUGGGAGGGGGGUUACAGGGAUACAUACUCUAUGUGGGUGAUAGAGUAGAAGAGGAUGGGUUUGUGAUUGUAAAAUAGCAAGUAUGGAGUUGGAAAUGUGCCAAGAGAGAUGAUGGCCUAAGGACAUCUUAUCCUUAAAGUAUCAAGGUGCUGGAUUUAGUGGCAUCUAGAUGUGAGGUUGCAGAUUAUAGCCAAGCGAAUACCCCCCCCCCCCCCCCCCACCCCCCCCCCCCCCCCCCCACCCCCCCCUUCCAAGCCUGUAGGAGAACCUACUGUGGCAAAAAACUCACAAUAAACAUGAAACUCCCUUUCUAGAGCCAGUGUUUGGUUUGUCUGCUCUGGGCUGUGGCAAGUGAAGCAUGGUGGGCUCUGUGGAAGGGGACCCACUUUCUAUGUAAAUAUAAAGGGCUCAUUCUAAUGUUACGGAAACACAAUUCUUAUUUUCAGGUGAUUAAACAUUAAUUUAAACAUAUUUCUGCCAAGUCCGUUCCGCUAGAUGCCACUAAAUUCUACCCACUGCACCUUUUAAAGGACGAGGCUGAUGAUUUUCUAUAUUUUUCUAAAGUCAAAAAUUCUCGCAAUGAACGGAUCUACUAACAAGUAUUAUGUGUGUAGCCAAAGCCUGAUUUAUUGUAUUCCUCUAUGCCAUAGACCUCCGCUGUUGUCCAAAACCUAUUAAAAACACUGCUAGAUGACAUGUUUCUUUACCUCAGAGAGUACAGCAACAGUAGCUUAUUUAGAAACAGCUCCAAAUAGUAAUAAUAGCAAUCAGGUUUUCAUUCUCCAGAGAGUAGCUCUGUGUACAGCAGACGCCAUUGCUUCACAGUGUUACAUUAUACAUUUCUAAAAGAACUUCAGUAUACAGUCAAGAGGUUGUGAUAUGUAGUACAACAAGCUAGCAAAUUUCUGUGAACUGAACCAUAUUGAUGUGCAUACUCAGUGGUGUCUGCUGCACACAGAACUACUCUCUGCAGACUAAUCGCUGUUAUUAGUCUUUGAAGCCGUUUCUAAUUAAAUUACAGUAAUCACCCUCUUUGGGAUAAAGGAACAUAUCACCCAGUGCAACAGUGUGGGUCAUUAAUGUGUCAUUAUUAGUUUUUGGACGACAAUGGAGGUCUAUGGCACAGAGGAAUACAAUAUCAAUAUAACAUCAGGCUUUCAAUACACGCACAAUACUUGUUAGUAGAUCAGUUCACUCAUUUGUUGACAAUAAGAAAAAUAUAGAAAAUCACCAUCCUUAUCCUUUAAAGAACCAAAUGAAUCUGAGAAGAAAGAUGGAUGAUUUUUGUAUGCAAAGAUUAUUUUGAGAGCUAAAUAUCACCGUAUUUCAGGUCAACGAUGAUAGUGAAUGACUUUUCUUUUUUACCUCGUCUCUCAUCAAGUUGUUUGUCUUGUUUUUCAUUACAUAUUUUUGAAGGGUAUAAAAGCACUCCCGUGUGAAAGAACAAACCAUGGCCUCACUCCACAAUCUCUACAUUCAACACUCCUGCAUCCUUCCUGACUUUCACUGUUGUUACCAUUUUCAUUUCUCUCUGCUGGGUCUUCCAGGAGCAAUGGCUCUAUCAUCACUCACUGUAAUAUAUUGUGAUGAUCGAAAUUGAAAUUGUCUCUGAAGGUUACCACUCAUUUAUUGAUGCAAAUAGGUGAUUAUUUUAAGUGAGAGUUUUAAGUUAGGGUAACAUUUUAUUUACACGGUUUACAGCUAAAACCUUCCACUGUUGUACUUUCAAAUGUCAAGAUGCCUUCUGUGUUUUCUACUGUCAAAAAAAUCCUAAAAUGUAGUUCCAUGGCCUGUUUCACCCGAUUGCAAUCAAGGACUUUGUGCUCGUGUGUGUGCGUGUGUGCAUGUGCGUGUGCGUGCAUGUGUGUAAAUGUGUGUGGGCUCAAAGUUUAAUUUGAUAAAAUGACCUGACCUAAA